AUUUCAGUCCAACAUGCUUCUGAAAAGGAACACCUGCAUGUUGGCUUUUCUCUUGUGUUCUCUGACCUUGUGGUGCAAGUCGACCAGUGCGGGGUCCAGCUUCCUCAGCCCAUCACAGAAACCUCAGAACAAGGGGAAGUCGUCCAGAAUCGGUCGCCAAGCCAUGGAGGAGCCAAAUCAACCCACUGAGGACAUAACCAUCACAUUAAGCGCUCCCUUUGAAAUCGGCAUCACCUUGAGAGCAGAAGAUCUGGAGGACUACAGUUUAGAGCUGCAGGAGGUUGUGCAGCGUCUCCUGGGAAACACAGAGAGAGCAGGGCCCCCUCGCAGUAGGACAAUCCCGGAAUACCUCGCCUACAAGGUGGUGUCCUAA